AUGAAUGCCCCUGAUCGCUUCGAAUUGUUUGUUAUUCCUGAGGGAAGGAAAAAGGUAGAGAUGGAAGUAGACACUAAAAUUCCCAAUGCUGCUACAUUUGCUAUUGAGCGUGAGGACCACACACUUGGAAACAUAUUGAGAGGUCAACUACUUAAAGAUCCUCGAGUUUUGUUUGCUGGCUACAAAGUACCUCAUCCUCUUGAACACAAUUUUGUCAUCAAGGUGCAAACAGUACCUGGCACAUCGCCUGGAAAAGCACUGAAAGAUGCUACAUCCGAACUCAUUUCAGAGGUCAACGCGCUAAAGAACAAAUUUGAUAUGGAAGUGAUUCGUCAUCGUACAUUUGAAGAUGCAAAGGCCUCUCAAUCUGGAUACGAUGUAGAUUCAAUGAAUACGAUGGAUCACCACACUGGCAUGGAUGUUGAUUUCUAA